AUGUAUAUUUCAGCAAUGCGUAUAGCGCUAUGUACAUUGUUGUGGAGUGCACUACUUAGGACGCUUGUACACGCGAUGUGUCCAAGUGGAUGUAUGUGCACCACGGAUGAACGUCAUAUUGUUCGCUGUGAUAACGCACCACUCGUGGAUAUACCAUCCCUGCUUGAUCCGAGAACAAAAACGCUAACGAUGUCGAACUGUAGCAUCACAAGACUCGAUCCUGAUGUCAUGGAACUUUAUCCUGGUAGGUACAUCUCUUGGAAAGUUCUCAUUGUUUUUGGAUGCUAA